CGCUGUGGUGGACCCACGGAUAUUCGUGAAAGCGACUUACUCUUCCCCCCAUCACGUCUUUUCAGUAGAUCAAGGCAGGGCUUAAUAUUCUUCUCCUCGUAUUUCCACUAGUUUUGACUAUGCAAGCUAGGGAUUCUCAGCCCCUCGUGCCACUAGCACAGAGAUGAUCCUUCUCUUUCAUGAGGAAUACCAUUGUCAAUGCCGUCUGGCAGAUUUGCUCCACUUACUGAGGGCCGUAGUCCCAUACUUGUGAGUCAGCCCGAGUUGCUACACGCAGUCUGAUCCUUCAUUUGUGACGGCUGUCCGGAUAUGCUUAAUUGGUGUUCAGAUCGGUUGCCUGAAUCCACACGAUGUUCUACACAAGAGACUCAAACCCCAGCGCGACUGCUGCGCGGGACUUGGUGUUAUCGACAUUCAUCACGACGCACCCGGGAUGCAGCCACGGCAUGUAAGUGUCACAUCCUAUCGUUUCGAUGUACACUCACUUUUGCAAGAACGACAUCAUCAAAUACACUUGCUCGUGCAAUCUUUUCAUCGGCAGACGUUUUCUUGUCGACUUUGCAGCAAACACACCUUCGUACUAGGUCAGGCUCACACAUCAACACGUCUCAGGGAUUGCGACCUAUUGCGCUGAAGAUUCGUAGAAGGCGUCAUAUUAUGGUCUUGGGAACAGGGGGUCAGACGGCACGACUUCCAACAAGCAACGACGAACGCACCGCACCGGCCCGGAGAUUAGGAGGCGAGGUUCCGAACGCAGAGGGAAUGCAUAUGACGAAUGGUUAUCGGUCUGUUCGACAUCAACACCUAUCCUGCGACAUCUCUGCGGAAUAUUAGCACCCUCUUAUGCCAUAGAUAAGAGGCUGAGGCG